CAGUUAGACGACGUAGUCUGGUGCAUUGUUCCUCGCAAAAUUGAUUCGGAAAAUCAAUAAAUUUGGUCUCUAACUCAUCGAACUUGUUGAUAAGGAGCACCUGAACAUCGAUAAAAAUGGCUCUCUCGGCUGUGAGGUACCCAGUGCUGAGAAACCCAUCGGCGAGGCACUAUGCCGUAGCAGCUGCAGCUCAAGCUUCAUCGUCCAAUGUAAAUGUCAAAACUCUCAACAAUAAAAUUACAUUAGCUGCCGUUGAGAGCUGUAGCCCUGCAGCCCAAGUUUCAGUUAUUUACAGAGCAGGUUCUCGAAAUGAAACUUAUGACACCCAGGGUACUGCACAUUUGCUUAGAAUAUGCACCGGUUUAACUACCAAGCGCUCUUCAGGCUUUGGACUAACAAGAAAUAUUCAACAACUUGGAGGAGAUUUAUCUGUCAAUGCUGAUAGGGAAUCGAUCUGUUAUACUUUGAGAAUAUCUCGUGAUAAAUUGGAGCCAGCUCUCCAAUAUUUGGAAGAUGCAGCUACUAAACAAUUAUUCAAACCAUGGGAGAUUGAGGAUGAAACCCCUAGAAUAAGAUAUGAAGUUUCGGCAGUUCCAGCUCCUGCUCGCUUAGUAGAAUUGCUUUAUAAAGCAGCAUACAGAGAGGGAUUGGGUUACUCUCUGUACUGUCCAAAACGACAUAUUGGAAAGAUUAGUUCAGAAUCUUUGAGCCACUUUGUCAACAACCAUUACACUGGCUCAAGGUGUGCAGUUGUUUCUACGGGUGUAUCUCUCUCAGAUAUCGAAUCGUUUGCAUCUGUACUGGAAGUGAAUUCUGGAGAGGCAACAGACAAAGCAGCAAAAUAUCUUGGAGGUGAAGUUCGUAAAGAACGCAAUUCUGAAUUGGCUAGCGUUGCUUUGGCUGUUGAAGGAGGAUCUUUAAAGAACCAAAAGGAAGCUAUUGCUUUUGCUGUACUUCAGAAAGUAGCAGGAGAAGGCCCACAAGUUAAAUGGGGAGCUUGCAAUACUCCUCUUCAUAAAGCUUUAUGUUCAGCAAGUCAUGAUCCAUUUGCAGCUGUUGCUUUCAAUGCAAGCCACAGUGAUAGUGGUCUAUUUGGAUUAAUUCUGUCAGCACCUGCUGCGUCUGCAGGAAAACUUACUGAAGCUGCUGCUAAAUGGUUAAGAGCUCCUCAAUUCACUGAUGCUGAUGUGGCUCGUGGUAAAGCUGCUUUGAAAGUAGCUGUACUUGAAGCAACCGAUAACGAAUCUUUGUUACAUGAAAAUAUUGCUCAGCAAGCUGUACAUUUUGGAAGCGUAGUAAGCAUUGAAACUAUUGCUCAAGCCAUUGACAGCAUCACACCAGCUGAUGUUAAAAGUGCUGCAAACAAGGUUUCCAAAGGAAAAUUAUCUCUAGCUUCAAUUGGCAACAUUUCGUCGGUUCCAUAUGUCGAACAAUUGUAAAAUGAUUUAGGAUAUGAGCAUUUUCUGGCAUGAAAUUGUUAAAUUUAAAUUCAUUUGUUACUUAUUGAAUCAGUCUAAGAAAUAAUCAUGAAUAAUAUACUACAUAGUAUUAUAAACAAAUAAAUGAAUAAAAAAAUCUAAGUAACAA